AUGCUCUUGUUACGCAAGGUGCUCAUCAACUUGACACUUCUUGCUGUGAUCCUCGUUCUGUUUUACUGCUAUCAGACGUCAAAUGGUAUACGCUGGACGCUGCAUAGCGAUAAGGAGAAUGCUUCGACCACCAAGUCGAGAAGCUUCGGCCAGAACGCUACGACAGUGUUCCUGCCAAGUGGCAAGGAUUACUACAAUGUCUGGUGUAUAUUCACCAAAGUUGCCAGCAACUCUCCGAUGAGACGAAAGUUUGAGAUCUUUGCCGAAUCUUUACUUAAGUUGUCCUCUGUUGAUAUCGCAUUUCACGUUAUAACCGAUGAUGACAGCAAAAAUGUUGCAGAAAAAUUAUUGGGCAAUAUCUUAUUGUCCACAAGGAAAUUCAUGAAGGUGCAAUAUUACGACGUGCAUGAACUAGCACUGCAACUGGCAGACAUAGUAUCAGUUAUGUCUCCGCACUUUAGCAGCAAGCCGGGAACUUACUACUCGGAUGCAUUGUUUUUCUUGUCGUUAGGUCUGCAUCGGAUAGCUCCGGCUGAGCAAAGCGUCGCGGCGAUGUUUGACGCCGAUACCAAAUUCCGCAGAGACAUCAAGGAGCUUUUCGAGGAGUUCAACACCUUUGGGAGCCAAGCCUUGUUUGGCCUUUCCCCUGAACUCACUCCAGUUUACAGGCACGUUUUGUAUUUGUACCGCAACAAGCAUCCUGACACGUUAUUCGGAGAGCCCGCUAGUUCAGGCGGUUAUCCCGGAUAUAACAGCGGGGUGGUACUCUUUAAUCUUGACAAAUUAAGGAACUCCUCUGUGUACGAUGCGAUUGUAAAAAAGGAAAAAGUUGACGCAAUGACAGAGAAAUAUCACUUUAAGGGUCACUUGGGAGAUCAGGAUUUUUAUACCCUCUUAGGGAUGGAGAAACCUGAGUUAAUUCACACUAUUGAUUGUGGAUGGAACAGGCAGCUGUGUACAUGGUGGAGGGAUCGUGGAUACGCCGACGUAUUUGGAAAUUAUUCGAAGUGUGAUUCAGAAACAAAAUUGUGGCAUGGGAAUUGCAACACUCCCAUACCUGAUGAUUGA